CAAUCCGCGUCCCGCUGGAACUCAAGCCCCACGCCUUGAACCUUAAAACCCGAGUAUAAAAUGCAAUAUCCUCGGGUCGUGACCUAUAGUUCGUCUCUCUUCUUUCCACAGCAUUCCCUUUCCCUAUUUCGGCAGGGUUCCUCCUCUAAAUCCUGACGCCCAUCUUCCCAAAUCAAGAUUUAUCCCGGUUUCGCAAUCCACCAUCCAGCCAAACGAGGGCAGAAUGGAACUGCAGACGAACCACCACAUCUUCGAGAGGCGCCCCAUCGUCAAGGACAAGACUCCUGCCGUCCGAUGGUUCAAGGAAUGGGUGCCCCAGGAGGUUGUUUCGACAGGUGGAAAGUGCUACCUUCUGAAAUGGGUUACAGAGUGGCAGAUUGAUCUCAAGUCUAGUUUGAAAGAGGACAUGUUGAAGGCCCUGAAAGAAAAGCAUAAAGAGCCAGAGCCAGAAGAGCCAGAACCUGAACCAACCACCGAAGUUCUUUUUCUUUGCAGCUAUGAGGGCUGUGGAAAAACUUUUAUUGAUGCUGGGGCUUUGAGGAAGCAUUCACACAUCCAUGGGGAGAAACAGCAUGUUUGCCAACAUGCAGGAUGCGGAAGGAAAUUUCUGGAUAGUUCCAAGCUGAAAAGGCAUAACCUUAUCCAUACAGGAGAGAGGCAUUUCGUAUGUCCUCAUGAAGGCUGUGGGAAGGCGUUCUCCCUGGAUUUCAACUUGAGAGCACAUAUGCGGACACAUUCGCAAGAAAACUAUCACAUUUGUCCAUAUGAAGAUUGUGGAAAGCGGUAUGCACACGAGUACAAGUUAAAAACUCACAUCAAGGCACACCAUGAAAAGAACGUGACGAAUGAUGUGAUGAAACAAGCCCCUCCAGCAGAGAAGUUACACAGCACCCCCAAGGCUCCUGCUGUUGUUUAUGGCUCUGCUUCCUCUGAUCGUCCAUAUGCCUGCCCAUAUGAAGGUUGUGGGAAAUCCUACAUUCAUGAGUAUAAGCUGAAUCUCCAUUUGAGAAGAGAGCAUCCUGGUCACAACGCAGAAGAAAAUGGCAAGCAAGCUCCCGAGAUUGAUAAUAACGAUAUGGAUGAAGGCAGUGACCAAGAUGCUUACACGGGUAAAGGCAGCAAUGGAAAGAACUUGAAGCGAAGCAAACCAAAGCUGAUUUCAAAGGUGGUUCCACCUUCUAAGAUGGCGAAAGGGUCGAGUUUGCCCGUUGUGACUGCAAAUGUCACAAUGCAGAAACAAUGGCCUGCCAAAGAUAUGUGUGAGGAAGAUAGUGAAGAAACAGAAGAAGACUGUGAAAAUGUCAAAGAAGAUGGAUGGAGGUAUGCAGAGAACAAUGAAGACGAUGAAGAAACGGAGUAUGAGGACUAAGGUGGUUUCUUUCAGGCUCCAUGUAAGCAAGCAUGAUAAAUAUAAGAUGGAUGAUCUGUAUCUAAUUGGCUGUACCUAAUUGGUUGUACCUCCCUUAACCCUCAAUGAGUUGAGAGCGAAUAAUAAUGCAGCAGCUUACCCAAUUUAAAAAAUGGCAGUUGGAUUUUUUC